ACCUCGAUCCUUCGAAUCCUAAUCGCUCCCUGUUCUCAAUCAUCGAUCAUCACCAUGUGGAAGAAGAGUGUUGCUGUUCUCGGCGCCAUUGCCGGUUUGGCAAUGGCUGCUCCCGUUCCUCAAGAUGCUGCCGCCGCUCCUGCCACUACGAAGUACAUCAUCACCCUCAAGCCCGGUAUCGAUCCUGAGGUCGGUAUUCAGCACAUCAAUUGGGCUGGUGAUCUUCACCGUCGUGGUAUCUACCGCCGUGAGGAGAAUGGUACCGUUGAGGAGGACUUGAAGGUCUUCAAGGUUGCAGACUUCAACGCCUAUGCUGGUUCAUUCGACGAGGAGACUAUUGCUGAGCUCAAGGCUAGCAACGAAGUCGCUGUGAUUGAGGAGGAUCUUCCCAUCUACAUGACUGCCAUUACAUCUCAGACUGGCAGCACUUGGGGCUUGGGUCGCAUCUCGCAGCGCAAUUACGCUGCCAACACCUACUACUAUGACACAUCUGCCGGUGCUGGCACUUACGGCUAUGUCAUCGACUCUGGCAUCAACAUCAACCACAGAGAGUUUGGUGGUCGUGCCACUCUUGGCCAGAACUUCGUCGGCGGUUCUCACAUUGAUGAUGCUGGUCAUGGCACUCAUGUUGCUGGUACCAUCGGUGGUGCUACUUAUGGUGUUGCCAAGAAGGCCAACCUCGUCUCCGUCAAGGUCUUUGGUGCUUCCGGAGUAAGUUACAUUCAUAUUCAGUUUCCCAGACAUAUAUUAAUGAGUGCCACANNGUCUAGUGCUACUUCCACCAUCAUGCAGGGCUUCGAGUGGGCUGCCAAUGACAUUAUCAACAAGGGUCGUGCCGGCAAGUCCGUCAUCAACAUGUCUCUCGGCUCCGAGGACUCCGUCUCUACCGCUUUCAACUCUCUCGUCAACGCCGCCACUCAGCAAGGCGUCCUUUCCGUCGUCGCCGCCGGCAACGGAGUCAGCAAUCCCCGCACCGGGGCCUUUGUCGAAGCCAUCGAUGCCUCUCGCACCUCCCCCGCCUCUGCCUCGUCCGCCCUCACCGUCGGCGCAAUCGGCAGCGACAACUCCCGUGCCUACUUCUCCAACUUUGGCAGCACUGUCGAUGUCUUUGCUCCCGGACUCAAUGUGCUCUCUGCUUGGAUUGGUUCGAACUCUGCCACCAACACUAUUUCUGGUACUUCGAUGGCUUGCCCUCAUGUUGUGGGUCUUGCUCUUUAUCUCAAGGGUCUGGAGUCUGGAUUGAGUUCUCCCGCUGCUACUACUGAUAGGAUUGUUGCUUUGGCUACUACUGGUCAGGGCACUGAUCUUCGCAGUGGUAGUCCCAACCGUAUUGUUUACAACAACAGUGGGCGUUAA